AUUGGUUUGGUUAGGUUUUCGGGGAGAUUAAAGUCCCUGCUUCCUCCAGUUCGGCACGAAUCCAGUUCACCGCCGGCGCCGCUUGGAGCCAACUUCACCCACGCCGGAACGCCUCCCUCCUCCUCCUUCAAUUGACGCAGCUCCGCCACCGAAUUUUCAUCAUUUCUCCGAACCCCUCUACUUCCUACGACCGGAGCAGAAGAGCGAUCCUCGAUCGAAGCUUUCUCUGUCCCCUUCGUCUCAAAUUUCUUGCUCCUUUUUUUGCGACCGCCAGAUCCGCCGCCGCACUCCGCACCUCAUGGAUCGUUGGUCGCCUCCUCUGGUCUUUCCUUUCUGAGCUUUGCUGGUGAUUGAGUACGAUUGUAACAGUGAAGAAGUGCUUUAAUGAUUCAUAGCCGUUUUGGCAAAUCUCUGCACAGAGGAUGUCGAUGUUGGAAUUUCGAGCUGGGAAAAUGUUUCUUGAUGGCACUCGAGUGAUACCAGACACUCGGAGGGGUCUUGUACGCAUAGGAAGAGGUGAGGAAGGGCUAGUUCACUUCCAGUGGCUUGAUCGGACGCAAAAUAUUGUUGAAGAUGAUCAGAUUAUCUUUCCAGAUGAAGCAAUUUUUGAGAAGGUGUCUCAAUCAUCAGACAGGGUGUACAUUCUGAGGUUUAAUUCUGAUAGUAGGAAGUUUUUCUUUUGGAUGCAGGAGCCAAGAGCCGAUGAGGAUUCGCAGAUCUGCACCUCUGUUAAUUUCUACAUUAACCAACCUUUAGAGUUUACUUCACCAGAUCUGAUGGCAGAAGAUGAGACUGAAGCUUCAGUACCACUGCAAAUGUCUGACACAGGGGAGGAUGAUUUUUCAUCCAGAGCUGGAAACCUUGUUGAUCAUAAUAUGGCCAGCGAGCUAGGUGGAGAAGUUACUUCUUCUGGUGGACCGGUGCGGUUGGAGGAUUUGCAGAGGAUUCUAAGAAGCAUCCAAACACCCGAUGUUGUUGAAGAUCCCGAUGCAGGAUUUGGCUUAGCUGAUAUUUUAAAGCCUGAUUUGAUCUUGCCUGUUGUCGAAACCUUGCCAGUUGAGCAACAUUUUUCACAAUACUUACCUGAGGGCUCAUGGACUGCUGCUGAUCUCAUGGAGCUGUUGCAGAGUCCACAAUUCCACCAGCAAGUAGACACAUUCACUCAUGUGAUUCGAACAGGGCAGAUAGAUCUUUCGCAAUUCGGAAUCAACCCGAGCAAAUACAAAUUUACUGUUCUCUCUUUCCUGGAGGCUCUGGAGGACUCCGUGACAAAAACAUCAGACACUGUCGGAGAAGAGACACAAAGGGAUGGUAGUCGUGAUGCCAUGGAUGAGAGCUGAAACCAUCAAUUUCAUUGCUGUUGAACAAGUUUCUCAUGUGCGGCUGUUUGGUACUGGUCUGGGGAAUUCUUUUUCAGUUUCAUUCGACUAUUCAAUAGGGGAUUUGGCUGUAACAUUAUACCUAAUUUACAAACUUGGACUAGAUGCAUUCAUCAAUAAAUUAAUUUACUUAAGAUUCAGAUAAA